CUUUACGUCAUUUGUCUGCUCUUCAUCAACUAUAUUAAAGCUAUUUAACACAGAAAUAUUUUUACUAAACGUUGAGCUCUGUUUACAAAAAGUAGCAUUUUUGAUAAACUCUUCGUUAAAGACAGAAGAAAAAAAAAUGGAUGAGGAUAAUAAAACGAAGCAUAUUAAAAGACCGAAUGCUCAUCAGAGGCACGCAUAUUUAGAAAAUUUAUUAAAAAAUACAGUUAUGACGGGACUCCCUCAAAUCGCUACGGAACAUAAUUUGAAAAGGAAAGUGUUCAAGAUAUUGGUCUUCUUCGCCUGUUUAUUUGGGUUCUUCUACCAGCUAACCGAAUUUCUGAUGUUAUAUUUUACUUAUCCAACAAGUUUGGAAGUAUUAGUAAAAAUUACAACGGAAGAUUAUCUUCCAAAGCCUGUAAUCACUAUGUGCGACUUGAAUGGCAUACGACGCACUGUCUUCUGUAAAGAUUUCCCUAAUCUCUGCGAAAAACCAAAAAAUGUCAGUCUGUUUUGUAUUAAAAACAGUCAAUUUUGUGAUAAAGAAAACUUCACCGAUGACGACUUGAUGGUAAGUUUGGUAGUAAAUUGA